CUUUUACACACACACCUCUUCAGCCUUGGCUCCGCGCUCGCUUACAUUUCUGACAAAGACUUGAUUGUGUUUCCAGUUUUUGAUCAGUCAAAUACUCCAACCCUGGAAAGUGGAAAGAGCUAAACAAAACAAAAAGAAGUAGAAGAAGAAGAGGAAAAGGGGAAAUCCAAAGCAAACAGCAUCAUAAUAAAGAAAGAAAAGAAGCGAAAACUGGGUCAAGUCUGUAGAUGGUGUCUGGGCACUUGGCAAUCUGAGAUCAAUUCAAACAGAUUUCGCCGUUUUCGUCAUCGGGUAACGAGGUGAAAAGUUGGAGAAAUUUUGGAGUCAAUUUUACUCUUUUUCUCCCGAUUUGAUUGGGGAGAAACAUGGGAGCAGUAUGCGCCGGAGGGACAGUGAGGGAUAGGUCGGAGGUCCUUAAAGAGAGGAGCUCAGGGAGCUCCAAAAAGCUCAAAUCAAUGAAGAGUUUCCUCAACGAGGAUAUCAAUGCCGAUUCUAAUGAAUAUCCAGAUAUGGGUACAAUGGGGAGGACCCAUAACCAUAAUCUCUAUGAUUCUGGAGAAUUGCACUUAUCCAUCUCAAGAGAGUUGAAGCCGGCCACGCCAGCUAGGACAGGAAAUAAUAAGGGACCUCAAGUCAGCUCUUUUCUCGGGAAGGCUAGCAUAGUGGGCCUAGAAAAGGCAGUGGAGGUUCUAGAUACAUUAGGCAGCAGCAUGACAAAUUUGAACAACAGUGGAUUUAUUUCUGGCGCGGCGGGAUCAAGAGGGAACAGAAUAUAUAUUCUGGCAUUUGAGGUUGCAAAUACAAUCACUAAAGGUGCAAAUCUAUUGCAAUCAUUAUCUGAAGAAAGUGUCCAGUAUUUGAAAGAGGAAAUUCUACCUUCAAAAGCUGUACAAGAGUUGGUCUCUACGGAUAUGAAUGAGCUUCUCGCUAUAGCUGCUGCUGACAAAAGGGAGGAAUUUGAUGUUUUCUCUCGUGAAGUAGUGAGGUUUGGAAAUCUGUGUAAAGAUCCACAAUGGCACAGCCUUGAUCGGUUUUUUGCAAAGUUGAGCUCUGAACCUCUAAGUCAUAAACAGCUCAAAGAGGAGGCUGAUAGGACUAUGCAAGAACUUUCAACUCUUGCUCAGCAUACUUCUGAAUUGUAUCAUGAGUUGCAUGCUGUGGACCGGUUUGAACAAGAUUACCAGAGGAAAAUUGAGGAACUAGAGUCUUUAAAUCUUCCUCGAAAAGGAGAGAGUCUAAUGAUGUUGCACAGUGAGCUAAAACAUCAAAGAAAGCUUGUGAGGGGAUUGAAAAAGAAAUCUCUUUGGUCUAAAAGUUUGGAGGAGGUUGUGGAGAAGCUCGUUGAUAUUGUAACUUUCAUUCAUCAAGAGAUCUUGGAAGCAUUUGGAGAUGACGUAUUAAAGUACAUAGAUAGGGAGCCUACAAAAAAACCAGAAAGAUUAGGCGUUGCUGGCCUUGCUUUGCACUAUGCUAACCUAAUCACUCAAAUAGAUAACAUUACCUCGCGCCCCACUGCUCUUCCCCCGAACACAAGGGAUGCACUGUAUAAUGGGUUGCCACCUGCUGUAAAGAUGGCACUUCGUUCUCGUUUGCAGGCACUUGAUACAAAAGAGGAGGAGCUAACGAUUCCUCAAAUCAAGGCUGAAAUGGAGAAGAAUCUCCAGUGGCUUGUCCCACUAGCAGCCGAUACGUCAAAAGCGCAUCAAGGUUUCGGAUGGGUUGGAGAAUGGGCCAACACCGGAAGCGAUUUCGGAAAGAAGGCAACGAUGCAGAAUAACCUCAUCCGCCUGCAGACACUUUACCACGCAGACAAAAAGAAAAUGGACGCCUUCAUCCUCGAACUCGUGGAAUGGCUUCACCGCCUCAUCAGCCUCGUAAGAUACAAAGGCCCGAGGAUUCUCCCAGGAAGAUCGCCCACCGGCAAAGGGCUCACUCUGCACACAGAGACGCUGAACAAUAACCCGAAAAAGAACGAGGUCCAGCUUUCGCAUGAAGACAAGACUUUGUUAGAAGAAGUCAUGAAAAGGAGGAAGCUUGUUCCUGGAAUAAGCAAAAGCCAAGAAUUUGUGAUAUCCAAGAAGGGGAGACAGGUUUGGGCACUAAGUAGGAGCACUGGCAGCUCUCCUUGUACAGAGGUGGAACGACCAAAGCCUAAUGUUUUGGACAUCCUAGACGGCUUAGGUACAAAGUUUUGAGCCCCUAGAUAUAUUUCACCAAAACAAGUAUUCAUUUUGCAUAAAUUCCAUCAUUCCCAUUUUCUCUUGAAAUUGCAGUCCCCUGUAUAUAUAGCCCAUAUGCUGAAGGUAUAUGGCUAUUCCUAGUGUGCUUUAAAUUUUGAAGUAUGGUUUAGGAAAAAUCUUGUAGCUUUACUCGUACACAGAUGAUCUAUUGCUCCAUCUAGUGUGAGAUGAAAUGAUAUUUUUGUACCCCAAGUUACCAUUUCC